CUUCGAUUAGUCUCUUUUAAAGUGCGGAACGCGGUGCUUCGCGAAUCUGUGUCUCAGAUCCGGGAGAUACACUUCUGAAUAUCAGGAACUUAAGCAGCAUGCUUGCGAAAUCAUUGGGAUGGGCUCUGGUCGCCUGCCUGAUCACCCUUGUAUUCCGCAGAAAUGCUCAAGCAGACAACUCGGAUCCGACAUGUCCGCCGGGAUAUCAAUAUAUCAACGGCAUGUGCUACAGCUCUUCCGUUUGUCCAUCAGGAUAUCACUUGCAAACGGAUGGAUCGUGUCUUCCCCAGACAAACAAAAAGUGCCAGCCUGGGUACUUUCUAAACGUUGACGGUCUGUGCUAUCUGACGAAUCCUAAGCCGUGUCCGUUUGAAUCCACUACAACUACCACAUCAACCACAACAGAGCCCACAACGACAACAACGGAACCAACCACUACAACUACAACGGAACCAACUACUACAACAACCACAACAACAACGGAACCAACUACUACAACAACAACAACGGAACCAACUACUACUACAACAACAACAACGGAACCAAUUACUACAACAACCACAACAACAACGGCUCCUCCCGUUAUUGCAGAGCUUACUCGCUGUCCACCGGGAUCGAUUUUCUUCGACGCGCAGUGCAGGAAAAUCGUCUGUUCGGAGGGUGAAUAUUACGCUGGGCGGUGCAUUUCAUCGGCGUGCCCAGCGGGAACCGUGUGGUACCAAAAACGCUGCCAGGAACCGGGAUAUAUCACGACAAUCCUUGAGAUUGGCAAUGUGAUCCACAAUGAGCACAAGUACUCGGUGACCAGCGAAAACAUAAAUCGUGUGGAGUACAUUACAUCUGCACCAUAUGAUCCCGAUAAAGACAAGACCUACGAUUAUAGUACACCUGCAAAUGUCCCAGAUAACAUUGUGGCCCCACCAACAACCAGACGACCCUGGAUAUAUCCCAGUCUAAGACCAACUACGGAGCAGUCUGUGAUCGAUGAAGUGUUUCCAGGCCGUAGCCCUCCACCGGAAUGCUGUUUUGUGAAGAGCCCCCGCAUCUGCAUCAACUACGCCCCCAAUUGGGUGUGCUCCAGCAGGGAAAAGAAGUUCUGCGAUGCCAGAGUGUGUAAGGCCCCAGUAGUAUAUCUCAAGCCACCGAAGAUCGUAUAUGACGAGAACCAGAAGCGGGUAGUAAUGCCGCCCAAUCCGCCCCUUAUGGCAUGCAGUACGCCGGAUUGCAAGGAGAGCGACGCUUUGGAUUGUUCUGGCUGCAAGGAUCAUCAGCGGGAUAAGUGCUCACCGGGCUGCUACAGCUACUACUGCCCCAAUGGAAGCUGCACCUUCAUGAAUACCGAGGACUUUUGUGCUACUUAUCCUGGCGAAUUUGGCUGCAAUGCGAGGGACGGCUGUAUCUGGGAUUGGUGCAAUAAGAAGUGCUACUAGCUACUAGAAGUGAAUCAAAUCGUACUUUUUUCUACCUAAAUAAACAAAGUUAAACUUUCAAGAUAA